GAGUUGCUAUAAGGAGGCCGGGACGGCGGGCGCGGCCCCCAGAACACGUCACGCCAGCGCCAUGCUCAGCGCCCAAGAGCGCGCCCAUAUCGCACAGGUCUGGGACCUGAUCGCCGGCCACGAGGCGCCCUUCGGGGCGGAGCUGCUGCUCAGGCUCUUCGCGGUGUACCCCAACACUAAGACCUACUUCAAGCACCUGGGCGACUGCCCCGACGAGGUGCUGCUGCUGAACCACGGACAACGCAUGCUCGAGGCGGUGGGCGUGGCCGUGCGACACGUGGACAACCUGCGCGCCGCCCUGAGCCCGCUCGCCGACCUGCACGCACACGUGCUGCGCGUGGACCCCACCAACUUCCCGCUGCUGAUCCAGUGUUUCCAGGUGGUGCUGGCUUCCCACCUCCAGGACGAGUUCACUGUGGAGAUGCAGGCUGCGUGGGAUAAAUUCCUGACUGGCAUAGCCGUGGUGCUGACGGAGAAGUACCGCUGAGUUCAGUGCCCCGCGGACCUAGGUCUGAGGACAUCAAUAAACAGGCCUCAAAACGCUGAA